AUGAAUAAGCCGAGAUUCUUGUUAUAGUUUGCUAUAAGAGAAGCAAAACAUUAAGAAGAUAAGAGGAUUGAAUUAGAAGCCAUGAAUAAUGUUGAAAAAGAAAUCUAACAGUUCGAGAACAGUGAGUAAAUUGAUAAAAUAAUUAGUGUAUGGAAAUUGAAGCCUUUAAAGAUCAUUCAAAAAAUAGCCAUUUUUAUCACUAAAAUGAAACAUUAUUCACCUAUUUAUAGAUUUAAGAUAUUGAAUAAGAAUAUAUUUUAUUUGAUAAGGGAUCGAACAAGUUCAUUUUAAUAUUACCUUUAUAGUCGACUGUUAGAAAAAAAGCCAACAAGAGUAUAUGUUAUUUUAAUAUGAAAUAGUUUGGUUAAAUGAAGUAUGAAGGAAAACUAACUAAUGCUAUUUGGUGGAGAACAUGGUCAUUUCUAAAAAGUAAUCAAACUGUUUUAUUACCUGCUGAUAAGUUCCUAUUUGUUUGGGAUGUUAUCUUAAUGUUUGUAACCAUUAUGAAUAUACUCUAUGUUCCAUUAUAGUUGUCAUUUGACUUGAGCAAAGAAGAAAUAGGAAAUGCAUACCUUUUAUUUAGUACUCUUCCAAGUUGCAUAUUUUUGGUCGAAUUAGUCUUGAAUUUUUUUAAAGGCUAUUAUGUAAGAGGAAUAUUACAUACAUCAAAACGUGAUAUAUUUUGGCAUUAUGUGAAAGGAGAGUUCAUUAUAGAUCUGACAGUUGUGUUACCAUUCAUUCUUUCAUGGUUUGGCUACUCAUUUGCCAAUUAUCUUAUGUUGAUACGAAUGACUAAGGUAAGAAGGACUAUGGUAGUCAUAGAGGAGAUCUCAAAUUUCAAAGAAAAGACAGCAGUAAUAUAUUCUCUAUUUUGUUUAAUUUAUUCUCUUUUGUUGAUAUCUCAUUUUUGUGCAUGUUUAUUUCAUUAUUUUGCCAUUCUUGAAGUAGAUAAUGGAUAUUCACACACUUGGCUACAUUAAUAAGGAAUAUAUGAAGCAGAUGCAUAUGUAAAAUACUUUACUUCAUUAUAUUGGGUAACAAUAACUUCAAUGACUGUGGGAUAUGGUGACAUAGUACCUGUGACUACUCCUGAAAAAAUCUUAGUCACUUUUUUAACAUUUUUAGUAGUUGGUACAUUCGGUUAUGCUUUAGGAAUGAUUCAAAGUAUCUUCUAUAAAUUAGCUGAAUAAUAAAAUCUUAAUAAUGCUAAACUUAGAUUAGUAAGUAAUCAUAUAAAAUAAAGAGGAUUAAAUACAUAAUUACAAUUUAGAGUUAGAAAGUAUAUUGAAUAUUAUUUAUAAUUUAAAUAAGAGGAAGAAUUAGAUUUAGAUGAAUUAAUGGGUUAAUUAAAUCCAAAAUUAAAAUAAGAAGUUUAAAUAGCAAUGUAUUAUAGUUAUUUAAAAAAUUCAAAAUUGUUAGGUUCAAAUCUAUCAGAUGAAAUACUUAAGAAAUUAUGUUAAUGUGUUCAUGAAAGAACUUAUGCUCCUGAAGAAUUUAUUAUUAAGAAAGAUGAUCAUCCUGAUAAACUCUACAUAGUAUUAUCAGGAAGAAUCAAAUCAGUAUUAUUAGAUAGAACAAUAAAGAGAUAUGUAAGUGGUAAAUUAGUUUGUGAAAGAGAAUUCUUCUUUUAAGAUUAUAUGUAAUUUGAUAUGGUUGCCUAAACUUUUGUAUAAGUAGCCUAUAUUAAUUAAACUGAUUUCUUGAAUAUUUUAUAGAAGGAUACUAGAUAAUAUGAAAAAUAUAGACUUACUUUGGAUAGAACAUAAUUUGGAGACAAUAACAAUUAGAUAAUUUGUGAGGCAUGUUCUAGUCAUCAUUAAUUUAAACAUUGUCCACUUGUUUUCUUUAGAAAAAAUAAAAAUAAAGUUAUCUCAAUUUAUAAUAGCAGCAUUAAUCAUGAAAGACAAAUGCAUAUUAGAUAGAGAAAGAAAAGAAGAUUCAAUUGUUAAUUAAUAAAGGAGAGAGCCUUAGAUUAAAUUCUGGAUUUGAAUAAAUCUCUAGCUGUAGUUGAUAGCAAACUUCUCAUUAGAUUAGGUAUACAAAGAAAUGAGGAAGAUGAAGCAUCAUAUCCUGAUUAGACAAUUGUUUAACAUUCAUAAUAGGCUUCUUUGAAUUAAAAUGAUUAAAGAUAUGUAAUAAAAAAUAGAAUCAUGAGGUAAGUAAGUCAUAGAAGUUUACUUAUGCCUUCUGGGAAUAAUGUUUAAGAUAAUUUGGAAGAUAAUUAGGCUUAGAUAUUUAAUGCAGAAACAAACAUUGAUAAAGUAGAAGAAUAUGAUUAUUAUUACCCCCAUUAUAAUAUCUCAAAAGUAACAAAGUUGAUUAAUAAUUACAAUAUAUAUUCUAGAGUAUUAGAGAAGAUAAGAGGUCAUAAAAAUAGAUUUGCUUAAUAUAUUGCUAGAUAGAUAAUGUAUAAAAUUUUAUGA